AUGAAUGACGCUUUCGACUUUUACUACCAGCAUUUGUUUCUUUUAACGAAGCAAUCGUCGUCGUCGAGUUCGCCCUCGAACUCCGUGCGCACGUUCGUCGAGGGCCAGGAGGAUCUAGACGCGAUCGCGAAGCAGAUCUCCGACCACGCCGAGGCCAUCUACCAGACGUGGAAGGCGCGCGGCCUAGCGCCGACCGAGAUCCUCAACUGCCACACCGGCGACGGUGCCGAGCAUGCCUUCAGCCAGGCACUAAACCCGGCCAACAACUCGUCGACGGUCCCCCCCGGUAGCGCCGGCAACACCGGGUCUCCGUCAACACCCGGUCCCGUGGGGCCUCCCGGUGCCAGCAGUCCCCCGCAGCAGUUGGUUGGGGGAUCUGCCACGCCGGCGGCUGGCGUCGCCGAGCUACUCGCCAAGGCGCCCAACCUGUCGAACAACAGCCUCGAGCAGCUGGUGAGCUCGUUCGUGAACGAGGACAAGGCGCGCAUAGCGGCCCAGCGGCAGCAGCAGCAGCGCGUAGGCGGUAUCCGCGCACCGUCGGGUACCAGUUCCGCGAUCAAGAGUGUGCUGCAGAAGUUUGAACGUAACGGUGGUGCCAUCGGUGGUGGAAGUGAACCAGUGAGUGUUGGUGGUGGUAGUGUGCUGCCGAACUAUCAGCGACCGAGUGCGGGCAAUGGCACGCCGAGCCUUCUAGGGCACAACAAUAACAACAACUUUGCCACACUAAACAAGAACAACGUGCCGGACGUGCUGAAGGAUACGAUCGUCGAGCCGAAGCCGGUGGGUGCGGCGGUACGCGAGAAACCACAGACCCCGGUGAAACCGGAGCACCUGCUCAACCAUGUGCCGAGCUGGCCGUUGAAGAAUCGUGUCGUCAAAACCGGAGGCGCCGGUUCGAAGGUGAGUGGUGUGGGCGCCGGCGGUAGUGUCGGCGGCUUUCCCAAGAACACCGCGGAUCUUAUGGAUGAGGUCUCGCGGGAGGAGGAACGUCUCAUAAACGCCCUGAAAACCGGUACCGUGCUGAACAGUAGUGAUAGUGUGCUGCUACCGGAGGUGAUCACCUCCACCCUGCCCGAUCGGGACGUACCGGACUACGGGUCGGUCGUGGACCACCGUGCGCAACUGAGCGGUGGAAGCGGUAGUGCUGCCAGUGGUACCCAUAAUACUACCGGUGUCGGUGCCAGUUACAGCUCCCAGCCGGGACCUACAGCGAUGGUGACCGCAGCGGUAGCAACCAACGGAGGCGGCCCGACGAUGGUGGCGACACCAACCAACGGGUCGGCGGUCACGAACGGCAAUGGCACGACAAAUGGCACCAGCAACGGGACCACCAAUCACGCUGGUGGUGGCCCUGCGGCCGGUGAUGCACCCAACGUCAAGCACUGGAACGGUGUGCCGAUGAAGCCAAACCACAUACCGAUCCUGAACAUCCACCAGAUCCGCGAGCAGGAGAAGCUGUCCAUGAACUUCACGCGCAACGUCGCGACCACCCGGUUGCCGAAGGACUUUGGCCGAUCGGGCGCGGACGACGCGGAGAAGAAGCUGGGCCUCCAGCCGAAGACCAUACCGAGCCCGAUACGGCCGUUCUUGUCGCGCGGGUCCGUCGCCGAGCGUGUGCUGAUCUUCGAGAAGUGCCCGGAGAAGGCACCACCACGGGAGCGUGCGAAGGAACCGGUCAAACUUCAGUCCAAACCCGUCAACCGGCUCGUCCCGCCAAACAUCCACACGACGCUGCAGCGACAUCUGAAGAACUCGACGAAGGCCCCCUACAUACCGCAAUUCCACUUCCCGAAUGGCAAGCCCCCGCCAACGAUUACGACGGAAACGACGAUGCAGCGGUUGGAACAGGUGUUCGACAAACUACCAAACUACGAGUGCAGCCGGGACAACUUCCAGGUGAUCGUCCAGAUGUGCCAGGUACCGCAGUACUGGCGCCUGCCGCUGUUCAUGUGUACCCCGCUAACGCCCGGUGGUUGCGUCGAUGGCGACAAAUUCCUUACCUUCUGGCGACAAAUGACAUCUGUCUGCCAUGAUGCGGCAUCGCGCUUCGUCUACAUCAUGUCCCGGGGUGACCGUUCACGGCCCUACAUACUACCAGAGGACUUUGCGACGCUCAUACAGGAUGUGGUGGACACCCAUCCGGGGCUCGCCUUCCUGAAGGAGGCAGCCGAGUUCCACUCACGCUACGUGCACACCGUGAUAGCCCGCAUCUACUACAACGUGAACCGCAGCUGGACCGGCAAGAUCACGACGACGGAGCUGCGCAAGUCGAACCUGCUGGACGUGAUCCAGCUGCUGGAGGAGGAGGAGGACAUCAACCAGAUCAUGGCGUACUUCAGCUACGAGCACUUCUACGUUAUCUACUGCAAGUUCUGGGAGCUGGACCGUGAUCACGAUCUCUACAUUGACCAGCAGGAUCUGGCCAGGCACAACGAUCACGCCCUGUCAUCGCGCAUGAUCGAGCGGAUCUUCUCCGGGUGUGUGACGCGAAGCCCGCGGCGGGGCAACAACAACCCGAUGAUACAGGGCCCGAACGGGCCGAAGAUGUCGUACACCGACUUCGUGUGGUUCCUGCUGGCGGAGGAAGACAAGUCCCAUCCGACCGCCAUCGAGUACUGGUUCCGCUGCAUGGACGUCGACGGCGACGGUGUCCUGUCGAUGUACGAGCUGGAGUACUUCUACGAGGAGCAACAGCACCGCAUGGAGUCGCUCGGCAUCGAAACGCUUCCAUUUGAAGACUGCCUGUGUCAGAUGUUGGACAUGAUCAAGUGUUCCACUCCCGGCUGUGUAACGCUGGCGGAUUUGAAACGAUGCAAGAUGACCCCCAUCUUCUUCGAUACGUUCUUCAACCUGGAGAAGUACAUGGAGCACGAACAGCGUGAUCCGUUCGCACAGCGUGAAAAUGACGAUCUCUCCGACUGGGACCGAUACGCGGCACAGGAGUACGAACUGUUGGUUGCCGAGGAAGGAGGAGACACGCAAGGCCAUUGCUACAUCUCGUCCCAUCCCUUGCUAUCGAACGUGAUGGACACGGCCAGAACUCGGCUGCCGGUGCCGCCUUUGCAAACCGGUACUCCCGGUCCGUCGGCCGGACGCAGUGCGUCGUCCACCGUCAGCACCGUGCACAGCACGUCGGUGUCCGCCACGACCGUGCACCACGCGCGCUCAAGCAAAGGGUCGAAGGUCGGCGGUACGCGGGCCGCCAAUGUCGGCAUCACUACCAGCACUACUAACUGCGGCCCCCAAGCUAACAACAACGCUCGCAAAACUAUGCAUAUGCCAGAGCAUGCCGCUGCUGCCGAUGUUGCUGCCGCUGCUGAUGCUGCCGCCGGCCGAGCUGCUGCACCAGAAGCAACGUCGCAAUCGAGCCGCAAAAUGAUGGCACUCGACAGUGAUCUUAAUACAUUUUAUAGCGCAUUUUUGGUGUAA